CUCCAAAAAGGUCUCGAUUUUACGAGGUUCAGUUUAAUUUCUUGAGUACUAAUAACUUCAUAUCGAUGCCAAAUAAAAUUACAAAAGGUGGUUCGGCGAAAACCAGCAAAAAAGUGCCACAGAAGCAAAAAUAUAUUAUUGAUGCUUCAGGUCCUUCCCGUGACAAAAUUUUUGACUCUGCAGCUUUUGAAAAAUUUCUUCACGAUAAAGUAAAAAUUAAUGGUCGUCCGGGUCAAUUAGGAGAUAUCGUUACCAUAUCUCGUAGCGAUGAUCAUAAAAUUACAAUUACCACUAGUACUCAUGUUUUUUCUAAGCGUUAUAUGAAAUAUCUCACCAAGAAAUUUAUGAAACAACACCGCAUUCGAGAUUGGUUACGCGUAGUUGCUACAGAUCCGCAAUCUUAUGAAAUAAGAUACUUUAACAUUAGCAAUGAGGCUGAAGAAGAAGAGGAAGAAUAAAUAAAUAAUUAGAUUUUUUUUUUUCCAAAAAUGAUUAUUUUAAAGUUAACUAAAUU